AUGGCAACAAGUGAUAUGGACUUUUAUGAUACAUCAUUUCGUCGUGUACCAAUGAAUUCAGCAACAACACACAAAGAUUGUUUUGAUUAUAAUUCGACAUUAACAUCAUCAACUUACAAUAUGUGGCCUGGACAAUUAAAACGAACUAUGACAACAACAUAUAUCGAUGGAACUAGAAUGCUCGGUCAUGAUGAUCGUUCGUAUAAUGCAAAAGAUUUAUUUCCAAAAGGAAAAAGUCGACAAAAACCGUUAACUGCAUCAGAAAAGAAAAUUAGUGCACGUGAUGCAUACAUGUCAUUAUUACCAAUAAACGCAUCAGCUGUUCGAGCAAUAAAAGCUCGUUCACCUCUAUCAAUGACAACAGGAAAACAAUAUUCAAGUUUACCUGAAGUAUCACAUAAAAGUGCUAAUAUUCGAAAUAAACGUUUUCCAAGUGCUAUUAUAUUAGAUGAAAGUAGUCAAUCAAAAUUAUAUGCUCGUUGUGCUACAACAAAUGUAAGCGGUGUUUGGGCACGACGAUAUAAAUCUAUAACUACAUCACAAACAUUCAGUGAUUUAUUACGUGAUCAAGAAUAUACAGAUAAAAUCAUACUUAAAAAACGUUCAUAUCAACAAUUACUUACAUUUUCAUCAUCAUCAUCAUCGUCAUCACUUACUUGUUCAUUAAUUAAACGUAAACGAGAUCAAGCUUAA